GCUAGCAUGUCCGAACAGUGUUAGUUUCGCUAUUCGGUUUCGUGUAAUCCGAGCAUGAAUUAGAGAGUGUGAAGAAUACAGAAGUGUGUUAUUUGUAGUGUGUCAGUCAUUUAGUUUGUGUUGACGUUUUUCCAACUCUGACAGGAAAUAAAAAAGCAAGUUUAUCGAGGUUUGGGAGGUGCAACUUUGAGGCAGGAUCAGUGACAUGCUCAGGCUUGGUGCAGGAGGGUGUUUUCGGGUUGUAGGGUGUGUGUGAGAGAUUGUGUACAGAUGUGAGUGCAGCUGUGGCCUGGUUCAUUUACAGAGAGAGGGACUGAGACAGAAAACUGCAGGAUGUCUGACGGGGAUGAUGAUGUGCCUCUGAUCUUAACCUGGGACGAAACAGCUGACCUGCUGGAGGAGAAUGGUGUUGGAACCUACGAUGCUUUAAACAACAUGAGCAACCCCACAGCCCCCGACUCCAGCUGCCCGAGUUCCUUCAGGCAGAGCUGGGAGAUGAACUAUCAGGAAGCAGCUAUAUAUCUACAGGAAGGGGAGAAUAAUGAUAAGUUUUACACACACCCGCGGAACCCCCGCGCUCUCAGUGCCUAUCUGUUCGUCCACAAUCACCUCUUCUACCUGAUGGAGCUCCUGACCGGGACGCUGCUAAUGCUUCUCUCACUGUCCGAAGCUCCGGCUGUUCCACCACUCCGACUCGACGUCUACGUUCAUGCCACUCUGGAGCUCUUGGCGUUGGUGAUGGUGGCCUUCGAGCUGUGUAUGAAGCUCCGGUGGCUCGGCUUUCACACGUUCAUACGGCACAAGAGAACCAUGGUGAAGGCGAGUGUGUUGCUGAUCCAGUUUGUGGAGGCGAUCGUGGUGUUAGUCAGACAGACGUCUCACCUGCGCGUGACCCGUGCCCUCAGACCCAUCUUCCUGGUGGACUGUCGCUACUGCGGUGCCGUGCGCAGGAACCUGCGUCAGAUUUUCCAGUCGCUUCCUCCAUUCAUCGACAUCCUCCUCCUCCUGCUCUUCUUCAUGGUCAUCUUCGCCAUCCUUGGCUUCUGUCUGUUCUCCACCAACCCAGCUGACCAUUAUUUUAACACAUUGGAGAACAGUAUAGUCAGUUUGUUCGUGUUGCUCACCACUGCAAAUUUCCCAGAUGUGAUGAUGCCGGCAUACUCGAGGAAUCGCUGGUCCUGUAUCUUCUUCAUCGUGUAUCUCUCCAUCGAGCUCUACUUCAUCAUGAACCUCCUCCUGGCUGUGGUGUUUGACACCUUCAACGGUGUCGAGAAAGUCAAGUUCAAAUCUCUUCUUUUACACAAACGCUCUGCCAUCGAACAUGCCUUCAAACUGCUGGUUAGCCGCCAGAGACCUGAUGGAAUCUCUCUGAGGCAGUUUGAUGGACUGCUGCGUUUCUAUCGGCCGAGAAUGAGAGCGCGUGAUCGCUUCCUCACGUUUAAAGCUCUCAACCAAUCAGGAACACCUCUGCUCAGCCUGGAGGAGUUCUAUAAGGUGUAUGAGGUGAUGGGUCUGAGCUGGAAGGCUCGGCGUAGUGGUGAACACUGGUUUGAUGAUCUUCCUCACACAGCCUUCCUCAUCUUUAAAGGGAUCAACCUGGUGGUGAAGUCCAGAGUGUUUCAGUACAUCAUGUAUAUCGUUGUGGCAGUUAAUGGACUCUGGAUUCUGGUGGAGACCAACAUGUUAAACAGUGACUUUAACUGGUCCCGACUUGUACCCUGGAGCUACAUCGUGUUCCUCACAAUUUAUGGUGUCGAGGUUCUGUUAAAAAUCACUGGUCUUGGUCCAUUGGCUUACUUCAGCUCUGGGUGGAAUCUGUUCGACUUCUCCGUGACGGUCAUCGCUUUCCUGGGUUUGAUCGCUCUGGCCUUCCAUAUGGAGCCAUUCUACUUCAUUGUGGUUCUGAGACCACUGCAGCUGCUCCGGUUGUUUAAGAUUAAACAGCGUUUCCGUAACGUGUUGGACACCAUGUUUGAGCUGUUUCCCCGCAUGGCCAGUCUUGGACUGACUCUCAUCAUCUUUUAUUACUCCUUUGCGAUUGUCGGCAUGGAGUUCUUUGCUGAGGUGGUCUAUCCCAACUGCUGCAACACCAGCACCGUCGCUGAUUCGUAUCGGCAAAUCAACGUAACCGUUGGCAACCACACAGUGCUGCAGGAGGGCUACUACUAUCUCAACAACUUCAACAACAUCCUCAGUAGCUUUGUGACGUUGUUUGAGCUGACUGUCGUCAAUAACUGGUAUAUCACUAUGGAAGGUGUGACAUCACAGACAAGUCACUGGAGUCGCCUUUACUUCAUGACCUUCUACAUCGUCACCAUGGUUGUCAUGACUAUAAUUGUGGCGUUCAUCCUUGAUGCGUUUGUCUUCCGGAUGAACUACAGUCGCAAAAACAGAGAACCACAAGAUGACCUGGAAGGUUCUAGAUACAUUUAUUUGUAUGAGAAGGGGAUUGUGUUUGAAGUGGAAGUUUCUCGUGCUGAAGCUUUACAGACGCUGGAACUUUACAAACACACACUUGCUGGGACGAACAUCAGCUCGCUACAGGAAGUGUGUGUGUCCAUGGAGAGGAAUGGACACUCCAGUCUCGUGUUCCAGGGUCGAAGGUCACGCACUAAAAGUGACCUGAGCAUGAAGAUGUAUCAGGAGGAGAUACAGGAAUGGUAUGAAGAAUAUUCUAGAACGAAUCUACCUCAGCCUGACCGUGCGCUUCCCCCGGACCUGGACAGCUCUGAUCCUACACACAGCAUCAACUGAGACACACACACACACACACACACUCCUGGAUAAAUAUUCUUUUAUGUAGACGAUCACCUUCUCAGCCAUCGUUCUCCUCCUAAUUAAAGGCUGUGCCGCGGGUUGCCAUAGCGACGACCCUUUCCUAAAUUCUGAAACAACAUCCAGGUCACACCUAGCAGAACUGAUUAGCCAACAGAAAGCCUUAUUUCUCUUCGCAUAUACUCAUGGUUUCGUGACCAAUCAGGGAUUGGACCAGCUGUGGGACUGCACUCGGGUCCAGGAAACGUUUGAGUGUGUUUUAUUUUUCAGAAGCACAAACCACCUUCUGAGCUUUUCUGUUUUUUACCUCAGCGAUCGCUGGGUUUCACCGAAUUCAGUGUGAAACGAAUUGAACAUAAAUUUUCUUUUCCUCUCACACAUGCGCGCGCACACACACACACACACACACACACGCACAGAAAGGUCUGGCUUUAGCAGCUAAACACACCAAGUUCUCAAUUUCUGCUAAACCCAGAAUGUAAUUAGCAUUAAAGUCGGUGAAUAACGAGUCUUUCAGCACAUAAUACUGUCCAGAUUCUCGUACAUAAGCUCCAUAUCUAAACAUUAAAACAAUACUUUUGCUCCAGAAUGCUAACUCUGUAGCUUGUGUUAGCGAAUGUGCCGUGCUAACUGAUCCUUCCUAAUGUUUAUUCGCAGUUAGCCCCCUUGUUAGCUCAGACCUUCCAGUUCCCAUAGCAAUAAUCUGGGCUAAACAAACAAACAAACAAACAAACCAGAUUCUUCUCGUCCAUUUCUAAAACCAAGUAAGAAACCCUUUACAGUGCUAACCACGCUAACAGUCACAUAUCCGUCACAUUCCAUCAUGCUACACGUUCCCUAAUCAGCUCAGUCGUGAUCUCGACUCAUUUUUGUUUUCUUGAAAUUAAUCAAAAAGCAGUCUGAAAAUAGCUGAAGUGCUAAUGUCAUGCUAUGCUAAUGCUAUACAGGUGCACAUGACGCCAAAAAAAAAAAGAAACGUUUUAAAUCUGUUUUAAAAAGAAAAACUCAAGAGAUUAUUAUCUGAUUAUUAGCAAAAAAAAAAAAACCAAAACAAAAAACUUGUUAGCUAAUUCUAAAAUUAUGAAAACCUCCUCAGCUAGCUAGUAGAUUAUCCUAGCUUAGCAUGAAAGAUUAGCAGCUUAUCCACAUGGUAGACAGAUGUUUACAGGCUAUGAAAUGAAAGCACCGAGGUGUUAAAGCAGGAUUCGGGAUUCUUAUAUUAUCGCAAGUAUUAGCCCCUCUCCAGUAACUCACCGUUAGCCACAUUAGCACCUUUUACACUUCUCCGUUUUUUGAAGUAUGUUUGUUGUUUUUUUUGUUUGUUUUUUUUCUCAUCGCUAAUUCGCUAAUAACGUUUACUACCACCCCUGAUCCUUCAGAAUGGAUUUAUUUGUACGCAGAUUUUAUUCUGUGAAGCCUGGACAUCUUCUCCGCAGGCGUCUUGUUGACCUCCAGUAUUUUAACUCGGUGUUUUUUAUAGAGUGAGUUUACUACAUUUUAAGGACAGAUGUGUUCUAUAUAUAUAAACAUAUUUGUGAAUAUUUGCUUUACUAGUCUCUCCGUAAGAGUUUCUAUUUAAUUUGAGGUGUAACGAGUGCGCAGUGAUGAAGCGGUUAAACUUUUCUCCGACGCUAAACCCCGGGAUUAGCCGAAGGUCCGAGCGGAGGUUUAGCACACGGCUGCUGCUCACACACCACUUUUCUAUUCCUUCUUCUUUUGUAUGAUAACGUAUUGAAUCUAUUAAACGAUUCAUUCCA